UACAUAUAUUAUAGCAGCACUCUUGCAAGAAAACCUAAUUCCAUGGAUGCUGCUUCUUGCACUCCUCACCUGAGCUCCGACGAACCUUCAUUAUCCCAAGAUAAGCGGCAAGACUCAGUCCCUUCCAAUCUCAACACCUCCCAAGAUAUGCUGCUAUUUGACAUGCUAGCAGUUGCAGCAAUGGUGGAUCUGGAUGGUGAUCAAUCUAUAUCAAUCACCAACAAGUCAUACCGCGGCGUUAGGCGACGGCCGUGGGGGAAGUUCGCUGCGGAGAUUAGGGAUUCCACGAGGCAUGGUGUCCGUGUAUGGCUGGGGACGUUUGAUAGCGCGGAGGAGGCCGCCAUGGCAUACGAUGAAGCGGCGUAUGCGAUGAGAGGGUCGUUGGCGGUGUUGAAUUUUCCGGUGGAGAGAGUGAAGGAGUCACUGAAGAAGAUGAAGUAUGGUUUUAAAGAAGGUUGUUCGCCCGCGGUUGUGCUUAAGAAGCGACACUGUCAGAAGAGUAAAAGAAAAGAUAAAGUCGUUGGAGGAGAGAAGGUGUCGACAGUGGUUUUGGAGGAUUUGGGUGCUGAUUAUUUGGAACAACUAUUGACAAUAUCGGAAAAUGGUACAUCUACUUCAUAGUCAACUGAAUGUUCUCCAUUAGGUUGUUGUGAUCUUUGUCCAAAAUAAACAAAAGAGUAAUCUUUGUAAUUCAGUGAUUAUUUCUUAUUCAGAAAAUCACCAAAAUAAAGAAAAGAGUAAUCUUUGUAAUUCACUGAU